AUGCACGCACCACUAUCAAGUUGGCUGCUCGCAGCCUCGCUCCUGACGCAACCCAUCAGCGUCUCGAGCCAGAGCUGUCCUUUUUCAAAGAGGGACGGGACCGUAAACAGCAGGAUUCCGCACAAGAGAGCCGAUGCGCCAGCGACGACCAACUUUGGCCAAUGCGCCGUCAAGAGCAACCAGGCCGGCGGCGGCACGAGGAGUAACGACUGGUGGCCGUGCCAGCUACGGCUCGACGUGCUGCGCCAGUUCCAGGCGCCGCAGAACCCUCUAGGUGCCGACUUUGACUACGCUGAGGCGUUUCAAUCUCUGGAUUACGAAGCCAUCAAAAAGGACCUCACGGCCCUGAUGACAGAUUCGCAAGAUUGGUGGCCAGCCGACUUUGGCCACUACGGUGGUCUGUUUGUCCGUAUGUCAUGGCACAGCGCCGGUACCUACCGGGCCAUGGAUGGCCGUGGUGGAGGUGGAAUGGGUCAACAGCGAUUUGCUCCUCUCAACAGCUGGCCAGACAACGAGAACCUGGACAAGGCGAGGCGGUUGCUUUGGCCCAUCAAGCAAAAGUAUGGCAACAAGAUCUCGUGGGCCGACCUCUUGCUCCUCACGGGCAACGUCGCGCUCGAGAGCAUGGGCUUCAAGACGCUGGGAUUCGCCGGUGGCAGGGCCGACACGUGGCAGUCGGACGAGAGCGUCUACUGGGGAGCCGAGACGACGUUUGUGCCGCAGGGCAACGACGUCCGCUACAACAACAGCGUCGACAUCAACGCUCGCGCCGACAAGCUCGAGAAGCCGCUGGGUGCCACGCACAUGGGUCUCAUCUACGUCAACCCCGAGGGUCCCAACGGCACGCCCGACCCGGCCGCCGCGGCCAAGGACAUCCGCGUGGCGUUUGCUAGGAUGGGCAUGAACGACAGCGAGACGGUUGCUCUGAUUGCCGGCGGCCACGCCUUUGGCAAGACGCAUGGUGCCGUCAAGAGCUCAAAUAUUGGCCCCGCCCCUGAGGCUGCUGACCUUGGCAUGCAGGGUCUCGGAUGGCACAACAGUGUCGGCGACGGCAAUGGUCCCAACCAGAUGACGAGCGGUCUGGAGGUUGUCUGGACCAAGACUCCUACCAAAUGGAGCAAUGGCUUCUUCGAGUCCCUCUUCAACAACAAGUGGACCCUUGUCCAGUCUCCCGCCGGUGGCCACCAGUGGGAGGCCACCAACGGCACCCUCGACUACCCGGAUCCCUUCGACAAGAACAAGUUCCGCAAGGCCACCAUGCUGACCACGGACUUGUCCCUGAUCAACGACCCCGAGUACCUCAAGAUUUCGAAGCGGUGGCUGGAGCACCCCGACGAGCUGGCCACGGCCUUCGCCCAGGCCUGGUUCAAGCUCCUGCACCGUGACCUCGGCCCCCGGUCCCGGUACCUCGGCCCCGAGGUGCCCAAGGAGACGUUUGUCUGGCAGGACCCGCUCCCCGCGCGGGAGGGCGACCUGAUCGACGACGGCGACGUCGACAAGCUCAAGACCGCCAUCCUGUCCGCCGACGGCCUCGACGUCUCCAAGCUCGCGUCGACGGCCAUGGCCUGCGCCACCACCUACCGCAACUCGGACAAGCGCGGCGGCUGCAACGGCGCCCGCAUCGCCCUCGAGCCCCAGAAGAACUGGGUCUCCAACAACCCGACGCAGCUCUCUGCCGUCCUCGACGCGCUCAAGAAGGUCCAGUCCGACUUCAACGGCAGCAGCGGCAGCAAGAAGGUCUCGCUGGCCGACCUCAUCGUGCUCGGAGGCACGGCCGCCGUCGAGAAGGCGGCCAAGGACGCCGGCGUCGAGGUCAAGGUCCCGUUCUCUGCCGGGCGCGUCGACGCCACGCAGGAGCAGACGGACGUGACGUCCUUCUCGUACCUCGAGCCCCAGGCCGACGGCUUCCGCAACUACGGCCGCGGCACCGCCCGCGCCCGCACCGAGGAGAUCCUGGUCGACAAGGCCUCGCAGCUGACCCUGACGCCGCCCGAGCUGACGGUCCUCGUCGGCGGCAUGCGCGCCCUGGGCGCCAACUUUGACGGCUCCGACCUCGGCGUCUUCACGGCCAACAAGGGCAAGCUGACCAACGACUUCUUCGUCAACCUGGUCGACAUGAACGUCGCCUGGACCGCCGGCGGCUCCGACGGCGAGACCUGGGUCGGCACCGACAGGAAGACCAAGGCCCAGAAGUACAAGGGCUCGCGCGCCGACCUCGUCUUUGGCUCGCACGCCGAGCUGAGGGCCAUCGCCGAGGUCUACGCCGAGGCUGGCAGCCAGGAAAAGUUUGUCAAGGACUUUGUCGCCGCCUGGACCAAGGUCAUGAAUCUUGACCGUUUCGACCUCAAGGCCAAGAAAUAA